GCGGUGGUCUCACGAAUCAGUUAUACUAUUGUGCUCUCAAUGAAGACCAUAGAAAACUGGUAACAACUGAACCAAAAGAGGUGGCCAUCAGAUUGUAUUUGGAAAAGCAUUUCAAUAAUACUGAUCACGAGGGCAAUGAGAGACUUACAGAUGUUAUUAUAGCUCUCAUUAUGUCUGAGAAGAAUUUGGGACCAAAAAUAUACGGACUCUUUGAAAGCGGACAAAUCCAGAAAUAUUAUCAACACCAAUGCUUUCGUACGGCUGAAACUAAUGAUCCAAAAUUAGUACAAGAAUUGGCCCAAAAGUUGGCGAGAAUUCACUCGACAGUGGUUCCCAUAAAGAAGAACUCGAAUUGGAUUUUCGACUUUUUCGACAACUCAUACAACGACGCCUACAAACUGUUUGACUUAAAGACAUUGUAUAGAGAGACCAAUUGUGAGACAUUACUUAGACAUGAUUUGAAAGACGAGUUGGAAUGGCUUAAGAAAGUGAUCACUGAAAUCGAUUCCCCCAUAACUUUCACUCACAUAGACUUCAGG